AUGCAGAAGAUGGAUCCAUCAUUUUUCUAUGCAGUUCAACUUGAUGCUAAUGAUCGCAUCAAAAAUUGUUUCUGGAGGGAUGGCAAGUCCAAGAUAGAUUACGACCACUUUGGUGAUGUUCUCAUUUUCGACACAACAUUUAAGAUGGACAACCAUGGAAUGAUUUGUGCACCUUUUAUGGGGCUAAAUCAUCACCGGCAGUAUGUCUUAUUUGGUUGUGCUUUCUUGCUCGACGAAAGCAUUGAUUCACUCAUAUGGUUGGAUGAAACAUUUAAGGAUGCAAUGGGUGGACGUCAACCGAAAACAAUUUUCACCGAUUUGAAUCAAGCAACGGCUGUUGCAGUAGAAAAGGUUUUUCCAGAGGCAAAGCAUCAAUUUGGUUUGUGGCAUAUCCUCCGAAAUUCAACAAAGUACUUAUCCAAAUCCUAUGCACAAAAUGGUUUUGAGAGCCUCUUCAAUGAAUGGAUCUCUGGCUGUCAAACAGAGGAAGAAUUUAACUUAAGGUGGAUUUCGCUGUUGCAAAAAUUCAACCUUCACAACAACUCUUGGCUCAAUACUCUAUACAAAUCCCGGGAAAAAUGGGCUCCAUUAUUCAGUAAGAAUACUUUCCGUGCUGGCAUCCCAGACAGUGUCAACAUCAAUGGUAUUUUUCAAAAGAUUAGUGAGAAUAGCAAUCUACUAACGUAUGUGCAACAGUAUCUAAAUGCAGCGGAUCGACAACGCAGGAAAGAAUCUUAUGAAGAUUUUUACUGUAAGGAAAAAGCUCCGAAGAUAUUCUUGAAUGAUAGUUUGGUCGAGAAACAAGCAGCCAGAAUAUAUACUUCUGCAGUUUUUAAACUUUUCCAAAGAGAGCUACUAAAGUGUUUUCUACUGACAGUAGAAGAAAUCAGUUGUGAUGGGUGGACUGCUACAUUCAAGGUGGCAGUGGAAGGGCAAAAAGGGAGUAUUGUGGAAUUCGAUCGUGUGGAUUCUAAUGUUACGUGUAGUUGUAGGAAAUAUGAAUCAGAUGGCGUUUUAUGCAUGCAUGCAUUGAAGGUCCUGGAUGCAAAAAAUAUCUUUCAUAUACCAGUUCAGUACAGACUAAAAAGGUGGACAAAGUCUGCCAAAGAUUAUGCGCCAACAGGUCAUGAACACAGACAAGAUAUUAAUGGCAAUCAACCUCCAAGUGAAGUAACAAAAAGCAACGACUGUGGUUUAGCAACUGGAAUGAGCAAGGGGGUAGAAAUUAGCAUUUUCAACAAUGCAUAAGUCGAAGUAUGUACUGGAACUGCAUGUUCAAGAGAAAAUAAAGAUGAAGAGAGCCAACCCAUUUGGAAGAAGCUCAAUAUCUCCAAGGAGAAAUGUACUAUUCUUGAAGGGGCAACAGCUAGCAUUAGCAAGGCAAUUAGACCUUCAUCCUAGCCAGGUUGAUGUUUGGUUUCAAAUCAAGAAAUCAGGGAGUCUAGAGAAGGAAAUUCAAAAAAGGAUGGAUUGCAGAGAUGAUAUUUGCAUUGAUGUUGAUGCACCAAUUGAUGAAGCUGACAUGAUAGAGGCUUUUAAAUAUUUUGAUAGAAAUGGUGAUGGGAAGAUAACAGGACAAAACCUUUUGGAAUCUUUUAAAACUUUAGGGGAGGAGAAUCGCACACUGGAAGAAUGCCAAAGCAUGAUAGCAGCACUUGACAAGAAUGGGAAUGGCUUCAUGAGUUUUGAAGAUUUUUCCCAUAUGUUGUUAAUGGAAGAUAAUUGAUACUAAAUUUAUUGAAAAAGACUUGUAAACAAAUAGAAUUGCCAGGGCAUAUUUAUGUCAUUAGAGCAUCAAAGAAUCUUUUAUUUUUUAAAACAAGAAAGAAAGCUGGAGUUUUUUUUGUCA